AAAAGAGUUUGCAACAUUAUUUAUACUCAUACAUAAUUUAUACUUAAAUAUGAGAGAAGCAGUAUAGGAAAGAACCCUUAAGAAUAUAAAGAGAAUGCUAUAUUUCAUCUCUUUUUGUAAUUAUCUCAUCUUAGGGUAAUCAAUGUGAGAAGUCUUUCAUCAUAAAUUUAACUUCUUUAGAUUCUUGAGAAUUAAUAUUGAAAAGAAACCAUAUGAAUUUAUUAAGUAUGGAAAAGCUUUCAUCCUUCUUACAUCUCAAUAGAUACCAGGGAAAUCUCCUAGGAGAAAAUCUAUGUGCAUGAUAGGAAUGUUGGAAAGCCUUUAGCGUGAAUCACAUCUCCUUCAGCUUGAUCAGAUUCACACUAAACAGAAACCUUACGAAUGCAAUGAAUGUAGAAAAACCUUUAGCCUGAAACAAACUUCACAGAGCAUAAGAAAAUGCAUACCGGUGAGAAAUCACAUGAAUGUACUGAAUGUGGUAAAGUGUUCACUCGAGUCUCAUCCCUUACUUUCCAUUUGAGAAGUCACACAGGAGAGAAAUCAUAUAAAUAUAAUAAAAAAUGUGGAAAAGCCUUCAGCCAGAAGGGAAGCUUCCUUUCCGGAGAGAAACCUUAUGAAUGUGAGAAAGCUUCUAUUCAGAUGCCAGCCCUUGUUACACAUCAGAAUAAUCAUACAGGAAACAAACCUUAUGCAUGUAAGGAAUGUGGGAAGGCUUUUAAUGGCAAAUCAUAUCUCACUGAGCAUGAGAAAAUUCAUACUGGAGAGAAACCAUUUGAAUGUAAUCAAUGUGGAAGAGCCUUCAGCCAGAAGCAAUACCUCACUAAACAUCAGAACAUCCAUAGUGGAAAGAAACCUUUUAAAUGUAAUGAAUGUGGAAAAGCCUUCAGCCAGAAGGAAAACCUCAUUAUCCAUCAGAGAAUCCAUACUGGAGAGAAACCUUAUGAAUGUAAGGGGUGUGGGAAAGCUUUUAUUCAGAAGUCGAGCCUCAUUAGACACCAGAGAAGUCAUACUGGAGAGAAACCCUAUACAUGUAAGGAAUGUGGGAAAGCCUUCAGUGGUAAAUCAAAUCUCACUGAGCAUGAGAAAAUUCAUAUUGGAGAGAAACCCUAUAAAUGUAAUGAAUGUGGAACAAUAUUCAGACAGAAACAAUACCUCAUUAAACAUCACAACAUUCAUACAGGAGAGAAACCCUAUGAAUGUAAUAAAUGUGGAAAAGCCUUUUCUCGGAUCACAUCACUUAUUGUACAUGUGAGAAUUCAUACAGGUGAUAAGCCUUAUGAAUGUAAGGUGUGUGGGAAAGCCUUCUGUCAAAGCUCGUCUCUUACUGUGCACAUGAGAAGCCAUACAGGUGAGAAACCCUAUGGUUGUAAUGAAUGUGGGAAAGCCUUUUCUCAGUUCUCAACUCUUGCUCUGCAUAUGAGAAUCCAUACUGGUGAAAAACCUUAUCAGUGUAGUGAAUGUGGGAAAGCUUUCAGCCAAAAGUCACAUCACAUUAGACACCAGCGAAUUCAUACUCAUUAAAGCUCUAUGAAUGCCUUGAAUUUAGGAAAACCUUCAGCACAAUUUAUACUUAAUAGUAUUUCAGAAUAUUCAUUUUACAUUGAAGUGACAUCAAUGUUGGAGAUCUUUCAGCAGCAAUUCAAAACUUAAAAUACUGUGUGUUUAAUAAGUAUCAUAGUAUAAUGAAAUCUUGUACCCCAAAACUCCCACCACACACAUGGACACUAAGUAGCUUGUUCCUGGAAGGCCUACCAGAUGAAUUAAGAAAAGAGAUAUAAGAGGUAUAGGAUUUGAAAUUAAGAGACAAAGUUAUUGUUAUGUUUUGAUACAUGUAUGAUUUGUAAAACUAUAAUCAUCAAAGUUGUU